CCCUCCCUCACCGACGCCUCGCGCCACUUCUUCCCUCAGCGGCUCCCUCUCUCGGCUCUUCUCAGCCAUUUUUAAACGGCGUGAAAAGGGAAGCCGAGCCGGAGAGGUUCCCGGCAACCUGACCACGGGAGACCGACAGAGGGGGGAGAAAAAAAAAAGACCCUCGUCCCCUUCACGAUUCAUACACAGACUGUUCCACACCUUCUUGUGAACUGAAGUGAUUGUGAAAGUUGUGCUUCUUUUGGAAAUAUUCUACCAAUAAUCUACUGCUGCUGGCUUCCAAAUGUUUCUAACAUUUCAGUGAUUACUCUAAAACUGCACCACCUAAACCUUCGCUGUGCUUCUGUACGCUGCUGCUUCUGCUUCCAUUUUGCCUUGAGGAAAGUGAGUCGCUUGGAGACAAAUAGUAGACUUUAAAAGCAAACGAAACUGACCAUUAUGAACCUUAAGCUAAGACUACGCGUCAUCCUUCUGCUCCCUGUUUACUUUUUGAUAAAUGUGUACAGUACACUUGUAUUCAUACCAUGGUAUUUUCUUACCAAUGCUAAGAAGAAAAAGGCUAUGGCAAAACGCUUAAAAGCUAAGCCCAUCUUGGACAGCCCUGGGAGCCCUUACCGAUCCAUUUCACAUAUUGAGUCGCUAGCCACUAUAGACUUUCCUGGAGCAGACACGCUGGACAAAUUAUUUGACCUCGCUGUGGCAAAGUUUGGGAAGAAAGAUUGUCUCGGAAUAAGAGAGAUCUUGAGUGAGGAGAAUGAAAUGCAACCCAAUGGAAAAGUAUUUAAAAAGCUGAUCCUAGGAAACUAUAAAUGGCUUAACUAUGAAGAAACUAACCAGAAAUUGAGCCACUUUGGAAGUGGACUCACUGCGCUUGGUCUAAAGCCGAAGAACACGGUUGCUAUAUUCUGUGAAACUCGAGCUGAAUGGAUGAUGGCAGCACAAACCUGCUUCCGGUACAACUUUCCUUUGGUAACGUUAUAUGCUACCCUAGGAGAAGAGGCAGUAACUUAUGGGCUGAAUGAAUCUGGAGCAUCAUAUCUUAUCACUAGUGCAGACCUUCUGGAAGGCAAGCUGAAGAAUGUAUUGUCAGAAAUCCCUGGACUCAGGCAUAUUAUUUAUGUGGAUAAGAAGACUAUCAGCACAUCAGACUAUCCUAAAAGAAUAGAAAUCCAUAGCAUGCAAGCAGUAGAAGAACUGGGAGCCAAACCAGAAAACUUAAGCCUUCCUCCAAGUCGACCUAGUCCAACAGACAUGGCCUUAGUCAUGUACACCAGUGGCUCCACUGGGAGGCCUAAAGGAGUGAUGAUGAUGCAUAAAAACUUAAUAGCUGGAAUGACCGGACAGUGUGAGCGAAUACCUGGGCUGGGACCCAAGGAUACAUAUAUUGGCUAUUUGCCCCUGGCUCACGUACUAGAACUGACAGCAGAAAUUUCCUGUAUUACCUAUGGCUGUAGGAUUGGAUACUCCUCUCCACUCACGCUCUCAGACCAGUCCAGUAAAAUUAAAAAGGGAAGCAAAGGAGAUUGUACGGUUCUGAAGCCCACACUGAUGGCAGCUGUGCCUGAAAUCAUGGAUCGAAUUUAUAAGAACGUUAUGAGCAAAGUUCAAGAGAUGAACUAUAUUCAAAGAACAUUGUUCAAGAUAGGAUAUGACUAUAAAUUAGAACAAAUCAAAAGAGGAUAUGACGCACCUCUCUGUAACUUAUUGUUGUUCAAGAAGGUGAAAGCGCUGCUAGGAGGCAACAUACGCAUGAUGCUUUCAGGAGGCGCGCCACUUUCACCUCAAACACAAAGAUUCAUGAAUAUCUGUUUCUGCUGCCCUGUUGGCCAAGGUUACGGGCUCACAGAAACAUGUGGAGCAGGAACAAUUACCGAAGUGUCUGACUACAGUACUGGGAGAGUAGGGGCUCCUCUAAUCUGCUGUGAGAUUAAACUGAGAGACUGGCAAGAAGGAGGCUAUACCAGUAGAGAUCAGCCAAACCCUAGGGGAGAAAUUAUCAUUGGUGGACCUAACGUAUCAAUGGGAUACUUCAGAAAUGAAGCAAAGACAGCAGAAGAUUACAUCCUUGAUGAAAAUGGACAACGAUGGUUUUGUACUGGUGAUAUUGGAGAGUUUCAUCCUGACGGCUGUCUACAAAUUAUAGAUCGCAAAAAAGACUUGGUGAAGCUGCAGGCAGGCGAAUAUGUUUCACUUGGCAAGGUCGAGGCAGCCCUAAAAAACUGUCCACUUAUCGAUAAUAUCUGUGCUUAUGCCAAAAGUGACCAGUCUUAUGUCAUCAGUUUUGUGGUUCCCAAUCAGAAGAAACUGGCUGCUCUUGCUGAACAGAAGGGUGUGAUUGGCAACUGGGUAGAUAUCUGUAACAAUCCAAUCAUGGAAUCUGAAGUCCUGAAGGAGAUUAAGGAGAUGGCAAAUAAAAUGAAAUUGGAGAGAUUUGAAAUCCCGGUCAAGGUGCGGUUAAGCCCAGAACCCUGGACUCCAGAGACGGGCCUGGUCACAGAUGCUUUCAAACUGAAAAGGAAAGAGCUGAAAAACCAUUACCUCAAUGACAUCGAGCGAAUGUAUGGCGGUAAAUAACCUACCAAUCACCGCGAGUCAGAAGCUGCACAAGAAUCCUUCUACAAUUUGGGUGUGACAAACCUUAUUCCCCCCAAUGUUAUCUGUGAUGAUAAACGGGGGAGGCGGCAUUUUGUGAAACUUGCAAAACCAGCAUCCCACUUUGAGGAAGGAAUAGCAGUGCUGGCUCGCUCUACUACACUUUCAAGAUGCUGCCACUGCCUUUGUUUCAUUUGAUCACUCCUAAUAUUGAAUGUCUGUGUUCGUAUGAAACGCCAUCAUUGGAUAAACCAUUCUUUCUACCUUUAUAUUCCGGCUCCACUUAUUCAUAAGGAAUUAGGUCAUUUUUGAAGAUCCCAGGAUACAUAUAUAUAUAUUUUUAAUGGAGGGGGGAAAUAGUGUGUCUUUAAUGUAUGAACUGUGGGUGGGGAAAAGCGAAGAAAGGCUAGGCAGACCCAAGCUUCUGCUUUUCAGAAUGCUGCUCAGAAAUUUGCCAUCUCAGGUCCUUCGCUAGGUGAAAUAGCUGCUUUUAACUUGACUUUUGUGAGAGGUGCUAAGAGGCAGAGAAGAAAGAGGGAAGCUCCUCGUUUGAAACGGUACUUUCGCGCAGCCAAAAAAACGGCAUGGGCCCUUAUCCAUUCAACAUGCAGCUGUUGCAAAAUGGGCUUUGUAUCAUGUGCAUUCAGCUGCAGAUGCCCAGCAGCUUAAUAAUCAGUGACGUUUUAGUCUACAUAUUUGCAAAGGCAAGUUCUGUAUUCAGUUGCUCCUUACUGAAUACAUAGAGUAGCUGGCCAUAUCCGAGGCAGCUCAAGAAGACAAUUUUGGCUCUGUGGAAAUACUUGCAGAGAAGAGAUAUCUGUGAUAAUGUCUUGAGAGAAUUAAGGGCCCGGUUCCAAUUUGUUUUUGUUUUGUUCUAAUUCUGUACUAAAGAAUUGUAAAAACAGAUGUAAAAGCCAGUAUUUCUCUCCAGUGGCUUCUGCAAUUCUGCAAUACAUCUCCUCAAUCUAAUUUUUCACAAAUUGCUGACUUAACAAAGUCAAGAAAUGCACAACGUUUGCAUUUCAGCCAAUAAAAAUAUUUAUAAUAUUUAAAAGGGAAGCAGAUAGACUUUUGAGCGGAGAAAAUAAGUGAACAGAGAGAUUUUUUGUGCGUGUUCAGAUGCAUCCUGUCAGUUCCUUUUGACUCGUUCUUACACUUCCAGAGCUGCCAUAAGGGCUGAAAUCCUGUGGCUGCUCUGUAGGACGUUGAAGUUCGAGUCCGCCCAUUGAAGCAGUGGAACUCAGAGAGCAGCUGACUCACCAGAUUUCCACUGGGCCUAUUCUAGGCUACUCUGGAUAACAAGAUUUCAGCCAAGGAGAUUUAAAAUCCUUUUUAAAAAAAAAUCAUAUAUGACAUGUUAGUGCUCCUUGCCAUCCAUAACACUACUCUGGCUUCUUUGGGGAUCUCUGUGCCUCUCCCUCCCAAGUUCAUCGACACAAGGAAUGGGUUUUGAUUCAUUUUUAUGUUUGUUUUUCAAAAGGGCAUUUCUAUUUAUUAGUUAGUACAUGACACAGAGCCAAACGCACGUGAAGACUAAGUAUUUCUCAUAUGUAAGUAAUGAACUUGGUUUUAAAACUUUUUUUUGUCUAAUAAGCCUGUCUAAAGGGAAUAUACUGUAUUUAAACCUAUGUCUUUUUCCGUUUGUGAAAAAUGUUUAUUUAAAAACUGGAAAUGGUUUGGUGUGUGCUGGGGGGGGAGAGCAGGGUGGCUCUUCUGUAGUUUGUGUUCUCUUGUGCUGCAGUCAAUAAGAAUGUCUUUUUUUAGUUCAUUGCGCUGGGCUUCUGUAUCCCUUUCGACAGUUCACACUUGAAUGCAAAAUACUGUAAGGUGUGACCAUUCUUGAUGCUGUUCUACUUUGCACUUUUUUCUUAAUCUUUUUAUAUAUGUUGCUUCCAUAUUUUUUUGUACAGAUGUGGUCCUUGAUUGCAACGUGUUACACUUUGACUUUGGCUCUAAAGUAUUUAUAAAAUAGUUUUCUUUUAUUCAUACUUAAAUGUGUAUAUUACGCUCAGAAGAAAAAUACCUAGUAUUGUUUCUAAUGAAUGAAGGGAAUUUUUUUGUAUGAAUGUUUAAGUACACAAGUUUUAAAUGCAACUUGGUCAAGUCUUUCCUUCUGUGAAGUGUAUGUGUGGGUCAGCCAGCUUUUAAAACAACAACAGAUCAAUCAUUCCAGCUGUUACACCUCCAAGCCAUUAUUCUGACCCGAACUGACUGUCCUUGGGGACCAAUUUCAGUUUUUAAUAGACAAACUGUUUGCUAUAUAUACCUUCCAGCUGUGCUUCUCUGGCAAGCCUGCACAAUGCCACUUGAACCUGCAGAGACUGAAACUCAUCAGGUCCAAUCUGGCUGCUGCUAAUGUAAGAGGGGAGUCUACUGCUGAGACCAGCAAUAUGCCUCACACAUACACUUUCUUUACGUGUACAAGAAAUGCUUCUCCUAUCAAUUACCGGAUUUUUAUUCAGAUGAGCUCAUUGUUGCAGUCUGUUACAUUCAAAGUGUGAUAAAAUUGCUCUGUUAUUUAGAAACAGAUGUGUUGUUUUGACUUUGUCAGACAUGGUAAAAAAAUGUAAGACAACAAAUGCGUAUAGAGUAAAAAUAAGUGUUGCCUGCUAUUCGAAAUCAGACAGCAAGCUCAUGAAAUUAGAUUAUAAAGUGUAUUUCUGGCCUA